AAGCAGACCCUGGCCUGACUCUUGUCGGAAUUCUGAGUUGGCAAGGAACAUAGAUCCGUGCCUGGAGUCGCGGCGUUUCCAGGCAAACUUCCAGGCAGGUGAGACGGCUCUCAGUUCGUAGGACCCUCCCCCGCUCCAGGCUGAGAGAGAAGUCUGUGAUUCGCUGGAAAGUUUUCUGCCAAACUGGUAACGCGCCCUUUUUGGGGACACUCCCGGGCCGCACACUCUACCCGACCUGGGGCUCAAAGUGGCGAUCCUGAAAGCGUCCGGGAGACCCGAGAGUGGGAAGCUGGCCGAGGGCGUGAGCUGAGAGAUUGGGAAAACCUCGCUUCCUUCCUCCUUCCCUCCUCCGCCCGACACUGGGCUGGGCGACCCGGAGCUGCGGGUGGAGAAAAGGCGGCCGUCUGCGCGCACAGAAAGACCUCUCCUCAUCCACCCCGUCCACGCGAGAUGCCUGGCAUUUGAAGAGAGCCAUCGUCUGAGCAUCUGCUGAGGAUUCUUUUUACUGUGGCAUUGGAGAGUUUCUUUGGUACGAGGAAGGCGUGUCUGUCGCCACUACGGUUUUGUAAUUUCCUCUUCUUCUAUCUUUGAGCCGGGGCUUGCCCCUUUCUGCUGCCAUGAUGGCCCAGUCCAAGGCCAACGGCUCACACUACGCGCUGACGGCCAUCGGCCUGGGGAUGCUGGUCCUCGGUGUCAUCAUGGCCAUGUGGAACCUGGUCCCUGGUUUCAGCGCUGCAGAUAAGCCAACGGCUCAGGGCAACAAGACAGAGGGGGGCAGUGGUAUCCUCAAGAGCAAGACUUUCUCGGUGGCCUACGUGCUGGUGGGCGCGGGUGUGAUGCUGCUGCUGCUGUCCAUCUGCCUGAGCAUCCGGGACAGGAGGAAGCUGCGGCAGAGCGAGGAACUGGCCCAUAUCCAGCAGCAGGCUGGAGCUGUGCCUCCCACGCAGGAGGAAGACAGCCAGGAGGAGGAGGAGGAGGCCUCCUCACGGUACUAUGUCCCCAGCUACGAGGAAGUGAUGAACACAGGCUACUCGGAAGCCAGAGGACAGGAGCAGAACCCCAGACUAAGUAUCUCUCUCCCCUCCUAUGAGUCACUGACUGGACUGGACGAGACGACCCCCACGAGCACCAGGGCGGAGACGGAGGCCAGCCCAGGGCAUGCUCCCGACAGGCAAAACUCCAAACUGGCCAAACGCCUAAAACCACUGAAAGUUCGAAGAAUUAAAUCUGAAAAGCUUCACCUCAAAGACUUCAGGAUCAACUUACCAGAAAAGAACGUCCCUCCUCCCUCUAUCGAGCCUUUGACUCCUCCGCCACAGUACGAUGAGGUCCAGGCGAAGGCCCCCGAUGCCCGGCCUCCCGACUGAGUGAUCCUGCUGACAUCACUCCCUCCUGUCUCACCCUCCACACCGACAGACUGCGCAGAAGCCACUUCAGCCAGAGAGGGGUCAGGACACACUUAGCCACUGUGAUGGGGAUUCUGGGUAGAGGGAGUUACUAAGGACGGUUCACAGAGCCUUAUGUAGCAGGAGCACCGGAAGGAUGCUGAGGGCUUGUGAUACUAUGGACCACAACAAGGUGUGUGGUCAUGGCAAUCCCCUCCAUCUUCCUUCCCAACUCGGGACCGCUGGUGACACACUCCUCUUCUGAGCUGGGACAGGAUCCCUAGCGACCGUGUAGACGGAGGUUGUCUCCUUUAGCUUUCCACCACAGCUGCUGUGUUUCAAAAAGAAACCAAGUGUUUUGCUUGCUUUCUUCACUGGAACCUUGAACAGGCGGGGAAAUAGGCUCAGCUUUGGCCAAAAGGACACAGAACUGUCUUGUGAAUACAAUGAGACCAUGUGGGGGGUGAGUUGUCCGGGAGGCCCCUUGGGGCCGUUGGUGCUGUCGGUUCUUUGAGGGUCCAAGGCCUGAUGACCUUCAGCAUGUGACGUGUGAGGUGGUUUCUGAAUAGGUACACUGGUCUCCCGUGGCAAGAGAGGAAAAGCCGCUGUUGGUGUCUUCUUGGAGGUCACGCGGCUGGGUGUUUCAUAAUAAAGUGUUUUAUAUGUAGCACACCUGACCAUCGAGUCAUUUUAGCUGGAAGAUACUAAUAAUAACAGCUAGUCAACAUGAAUACUUAAUUCACAGGGAGCUGUGCUCUGAGGAACAGAGGUGGUACCCCAUGUCAUCUGUACCCAAGUCUGGUGCCCUACUGUUCUGCGGACUGGUUCCCUAGCUUAGGUCAGCCCGGGCACCCCGUAUUGUACCACUAACAAGGAGUUCUGAGUACAGACCGUCUGGUUUCAGAAUCUGAGUUCUUACUCUCCUUGCUGAGUAACGGAGGCCGUCCUGUCAACCCACAGGUCACAUAGAAGGCACUGGUAGCUUCGAGCAGGCCCCCAUCCCCUCCCUAGGCAACCCUGGAAGGAGCUCAGCCUGUCACCUCCCCCCAGCAGUGACUGGACGUAGAUAGGUCCUCUAGGAGGACACACUGUCUACAGUGCGGUACACACCACUGUGAAAAACCCCAGGGACCACACACUGUUAAAGAAGGGAACCGGAACUUUGGGGUCUAGAUCUUGGCCCUGGAGGAAAGCCUGGGAGAGACUUGAGUUCUAAGGAUUCUUUCUGUUAUGGGUGGCAUGGAGUGACCUGUUGGGAGCCACACGGGCACCUUGGUAUUUGAGGAAGAGAAAGUCUUUGGGCUCUGAAUGUUUCACAGCAAGUUCUGGGAAGCUAGAUGGGAAAUCA